UUAGCGGAGGUGCUGGCAGACGCUCAGAGAUGUUGCUUUUAUUACACUCUCCAGGGCACAACAUUGAAUGUUAGGCAUUCCUCCUCUGAAGGGGCUCGUAUGAGCAAAGUUUCACUUUGAGUCACUCCUCGAAACAAACACGACGAGUUCCUUUCAUUACUUGUGAUCACAUUGCAUUCACAACCUUUAAAAAAUCUGUAGUUUCUUUGUAGAAUUACACACUUUCUUGUUUCAUCUUUAAUUACAAGGUUUUUUUUUUCAGAUGCAAGUUUUUACAUUGGAUUUCAAAUUUGACAAAUUUUCAUUAGAAGUGUUGAAGCAACAGCACCUGACACCAAGCUGAGGUUGUUUAGCGUUUAAUACUGCAAUGCCAUAAAUUCCUGAGAUAAGGCAGCUUUGCUUCGUGAUUGCUGCUUUUGUUGGGGAUCAGGCAGUUGACCUUUGCCCCUUUGAGCAAUGAAACCACACCUGCAGAUUAUAAUGAGAUCAAAACAUGUCUGGUCCACAAAUGUAGAAUUUGAUGUAGUUGAUCCGAGCAAGCUCAGACAGGAUGUGAGCCACACAAAGCCAGUUUUGCAUAAACGUGCCUUGCUGUGUGACUUUGAGAUAAAGGCUUUGGAAUUUGAAAUAUGGUGGUGUAAACACUCUAGUGAGCUUUCAGGAAGAGGCUGGCGUUUUCUGAAAACUGCAGCGCAGAACAGAAAUAUUUUGUUGACUUUUAAAAUGUUCUUGGCUUUUAAAUGUGGUUUUAAACAAGUUAAUGCCGAAUUUCAUCCUGUACAACAAUAACUCAUAAUUAAAAUCUACCAUUUUUAGCAUGGGGCAGUUAACAACAACCAUUUCCUGUUGCUCUCCUUGAAUAUGACACCUGUUUUUAGUCAGGAAUAUCACAUUGCCCGUCUUUGGUUACCUUGACCUGAAGUGAACUGGCCUCAUUUUGACUGCUGCGCCACACAGAUGCAGUGCAGCUAAGCUGUAAAAUGUCACGUUUCUAUCUGAAGCCAUAAAGUUUUGUUGCUGGGCUGUUUUGGUCACGAUGUAUUUGUCAUCCCUCAGCAGAGAGAGGGCUUUGCUGCUCCAGGGACCUUAAGUGAAGGACCCGUGAGAAGAUCCUAAUUCAGAUUAAUGCAAAUGAGCACAUCCAGAUGUAUUUGAUCAUCAGUGGCAGACACUCCUGCAUGUGUCAUAAUGUCAUAACAAAACAUAUGUUUAAUAUGUCUGUAAAUACUUCUACUGUGGUAUAAACAUUUAAUCUUAUAAACUCCCAUCCAUCCUAGAGUGCUUCUAGAUUACACCCAACAUAAAUGAUGACCUUUUUUCUAAUCAAAACAAUGUGGUUUGAAUGUGAGCCUGUUAACUUGCAAAGGUUUCAAAAAUUGAUCUGUGAGCUCCACUCCAUCUUUGUUUCUUUUCAUUGGGCUCAAAUGAUCAAGACUUGACACAUAUGUGCAGUUUGUCUGACAACAGGGGUGUGUUUUAGCAAGAUUCUAGAGAUACGAUCUUUAUCUCAAUGCGGGAGAGACCGUACGAUCUCCGAACUGGCCCAGGAACGCCCUGGGGUCCUGCCGGAGGAGCCAGUGGAAGUGGCCGGGGAGAGGACGGUCUGGAACUCCUUAGUUGGAAUGCUGCCCCCGCGACCCGGACCUGGUUUGGCGGAAGAAGAUGAGACGAGACGAUAUACUAAAAGCCAGACUAUAUCUUUUUUUUAACACUGAAUUUAAUUGGGAAGCUCAGGUCAGAGUCUUCCAAGACACGUCCAGUGUCACGAGGUCUCGUUCCGUCAGAAGAAAAUGUGCUGCCACCUUACUGUUAGAGUUUGAAUUACACCACACAAAAGAAAUACAGUAAAUGUCUGCAUGUAAAUUCUCAAAAAAAAGUCUAACUACAGUAUUGACCUGAAUAUUUAAUGAUGUUUUUUUAUUGAAAAAUAAUUUUAAAAUGUGGGGUCGUCUUAUAAUUGGGAUCUAAGCAUUCACGCAUGCUGUUUGUCUGGGGUCAUUACACGCCCGUAACAGCAGAGGGCGCCUGGCUGAGCGUUCUUAACAAGAGAAAAACAUGGAGGUGAGGUUCGCAGCAGAGUGGGGCAAGUUAAGCUGCUACGGCAGAGUUAUGCAAAUUUUAAGAUGAUGGUGGACAAUUCAGCAGAGGCGUCAAACUUUGCAUGCAUGGACGCGUUUGCAGUGAGGAUGACGUUCAAUGGGUGGAGCCAACAGGUGUAGCGGUCUGAUGGUUCACCGGGAUCGCAGCAGCAUGAGAGUGCACAGCGAAGCAGAGGACGUCUGUGAAUAAGAGCCUCGUUUGGCGUUUAUUUCACAUGUGAGUUUAAGAUUUUUGGCAUCUGUCUGACCAAUCCCAGUGGCUGCCUGGUGGGGUCUGGGUCCCUGGGCUCUGCUGGGUCCCCAGUGGGGGCGGUCGCCCCUGGGUCCCGGGUCAUUGGGUCCCGGGCUCUGCCAGCUAGGGGGUGGGAGGCGGCGGGCCUGUGGGCUUGCUGCCAAUAUCUCCCGGGACUCUGCCGGCUGCUGGUUGUGGCCCCCCGGGGCGAUCUUCUGCGCCUCUCGAGGGGGGCGGGGGCUUUUCUGGUUGCAGUCUCCCUGGGGUUCCUGUGCUCUGGUAGCCUAGUGAACUAGACCAAAUUCUUGCUUUGCAAAGUUUGGUCUAGGCAUGCUCCAUUGGAACCUCAGCAGCUCCUACCAGGACUCUGGCUAGCCACUCAGUGCGUUUACAUGCAGCCAGUAACCCUUUUAAAACCCGAAUAUUCACAAUAACCCGGUUCCGCAGGUCCGUGUAAACACCGCCAGAAACCCAGAUAUGCUCAUAACCGGGUUUUUAAAAACCCGGUUACUACACCUGGGGUAACCCUUUUCUAACCCGAAUGUUUGGUCGUAUAAACGCAUAUCGGGAUAUCCCCAUCAAAGCGUGUGUUCUGCGCAUGCUCUGUUCGCAAGGAAUCUUGGUCUUUUGAGUAGCGAGACGUCUUGUAUGCGCCAGAACACCGGAAGUAAACAACAAGUUGGGAGCAACAUGGCAAGUCGCAGCACAGCACCACACUUUUGGAGUGACGAGGAAACUAAAGCGCAAACAAACACGGUUGCUAUCUCUUCCGAACUGGGAAAAAUGUUGUUUUCACGGAUACCGGAACGAGAAGAACCGGAAAUGACGCAGUCUGGACGUAGUCCAUACGUCCUGACGCUACCCCAACAUCCGCAUUUACAUCGGGUUAUGCAAGUUAGAGGUAACUCUUUCUAUUUAUGCUUGUAAACGGGUUAUUCUGAUCAACUCAGAAACCCAAAUACCGACCUUAACCCGAUCAUAACCCGGAUAUUGGCUGCAUUUAAACGUACUGAAUCACAGCUCUCUAGAGGGGUUUCAAACACAUAAAGAGCUGUGAUUGGUCCAUAAUGGUGGGCCAAUCAUAGUGCUCUAUCUGCUUAGUGAACAAAUCACAGAGCUUUAUCCGCUUUGUGGGCCAAUCAGGGCACUCUAUAUGCCUGGUGGGUGGGAUGAUGCAACAGAGUGAAACAAGAGUAUGUCACAUUCAUUGUCCAGUGGAAUGCGGAGAUCAUUUGAAAGACAACGGUAGAACCCGCCCCACAACCGAGAGCCGAUUGGAGCAUGGCCAGACUAAAUAAUACAUUUAUUUAGUCUGGCUUGCCAGGCUAGUGCUCUGGGGCAACUCCUGGAUCUCUGGGACAUGGAGCUCCCUCCGUCUCCUGCACAUCUUUGGGGGGCGGAUCUGUGGUCCCUCACACUCUCUGUUGGACGCUCCUAUAGAGAAACCUUACAUAAACAAGCGCGUGUACACACACAGGUGCUCACAUGGUGCUGUCAUAAGUAUGGACUUGGGCACGUUCAACACAUGUCUUAAGGCUGUGGUGGGCACUUAAUGCACUUUGAUUUAUUAUCGGGUGAUUGUUCAGUUAAACAAUGUAGAUUAUAUAUUCCUUCAUCAAGUGAUAGCUUGAUCUUGUUGUAUUGUUGUUGUGUCCCAUUGUUUUUCUUUUUUUUCUUCUCUUUCUGCAGGUCUAGAAGCAGAUUCUUGUUCAUUAUUGUUUAUUUUUGUGGACCCCCACACACACACACACACACCUUUUGUCUCUUCCUUUCUCUUUCACCUCUGACUCCGUGUCUGGUCAGAAUUAAAAAGCAUUCAAAAACAAUAGCAAUAAAGUUUUAAGUAUCAGGCGUGACAUUAAAAGCAGACGCUUUUCCACCUGAGAGUAAAUCUGUAAGGCUUGUCACCAGCAUUCCGACAUCAAUUCUGCUUGCGUCACUGCCAGACAGCACACACACACACACACACACACACACACACACACACACACACACACACACACACACACCACACACACACACAAAAUUCACAUGUGAACAAAGUUCUGAUAGUUUGCAUAGUUUAUUUAAAAAGUGAUUUUUUUGUUUUGCUGAAGAUUAGUCUUGGAAAGUGUUAUAAUCAGGGUCUUCCUAUAUUCAGGUCAAUACGGUACUUUGAAAAAUUGAAUGAGUCUCAUAACACCAAAAAAAUUGUAUCAGUGUAUCAAUAUUUUCUUACAUUUCCUAUCUGAAAGUAUAUUCUGUUGGCCAAUAACAGAGAAUACAGAAUCUAAUAAAUGAUAAUCUGCUUUGUCAAAUUAUAGAGUUCUGCAAAGCCGUCCCCGUCAUUUAUUUCCCUCCUAUGUUGUGAUUCGCUUUCUUUAUUUUGCUUUUUCCAUCUUUGGUUUGCUUGUUUAAUUCCUUUCCCCCUCUCUUUAGCUGGAGUUAAUGGGUGGCCCUUUCAUAAAGAGACUCCCAUCAUGCUCUGCUGUGUGGCCCAAGUCUAUCAGCAUGGAGAACUUUUGAUGUGAAUUAUGUGAUAAUAAUGGAUCAGCAGCUGGCGCAUGGGUUCAGCACUAUAUCUGCAUCCUUCAUUAUGGGUCUUUCCUUCCACAUUAUUCACAUUCUCACGUAACACACGCUGAUCUCCAGAAAGUGAUGAAAGUUAGAAGUUAAUGCAUUGGCACAAAAAUAAAACGUGAUUCAGUUAGAUGGUUAAGAAUGAACACCUUUCCAUGCUCACUACGUCAUAGCUUCCUUUGAUCGUGAUAAAUGGAUAGUUAGGGAAAUGGUACCUGUCUGAAAAAGAGUUGUGUAAACAGGAAAAGCCUCAGACAUGGCUACAGCUGAGCUAUUCCAGCUACAGGGGUAGGAAGUGCAUCAAUACAUUGAUUUGAUACUUGGGUUUUUAUUGUGGAAAGUUAAAAUUAGUGGUGCAGUAGGGCAGUUAAUGUUUUUUAGCAUAUAAACACAUAACGCUGCAACUGGAAGGUAUAAAAUAGCUAUUUAAUGGUAACAUGGAAGUGCCAUUAUAAAAUACUACCGAUCAUGACACAAAUUUAAAAUUUAACAUAGUAAAGUUUGUGUUUUUCUGUGUGUGCAUGGGUGUUUGUGUGCAAAGCUAAGAUAAAUGCUGUGCAGUAAUCUCAUUAUUGGAUUAGACUGCAGCUUUCUCCCGCAGGCUAAAUGGCACGCCCACCAGAGCCACAGCAGCUAAACUUUAUCACCCACAGAGGGCGAGGCAGCAGCCUCGUGCUGCACUAGUUGGAAGGUGUCAUUUGUGGUAGUUAAGCGUCAGUGGGCAUCAUCUUUACUCACAUAGUUUUAAUGUUUCUUUUAUGGGAAUGUGUAAUUUACUGUUUGUUGACAAAUGGAUUCUAAACACACUGACUUGUUUACGUAAACGUGUCGUGUGAUAAGAGAGUAGUCACAAUCUUUGGUCCUUUGGCAAUUUCCUUUGCCAGCAAACAUGUAAAUCUAGUGUAAGUUGUAACUAAUCAGUUCUGGUUAUUUGGCUUUACAAAAGAUUGGUGAUUAGCCUAACUUCUAAACAGAAUACAGCCCGUGUUAAUACGGUUUUAAGUCAUCCUUAAGAGGCCUGGUGCAUCAAAAACACUUAAACCCAGUUUGCCUGAAAAAUCUGAAUGUAAUACAUUUUAAUUAUGGAUGUGAAGUAAAUUUUAAAAGAAACUGGAUGACAAUCCCACCAAAUUUCUAUCCACCUAGUUGUCAGCUGGGAUCAUCGCGUACACCCUCUUGACUCUUGCUCUCACAGGUCUCACUAAUGAAGACCUUUAGGUCCUCACUGUUGUCGAUUUUGGCAUCCGACUUUACAUCUUUGUUUUACUAUUUUUUUUAAUAGUUUUUGUGGAAUUAUCAGAAUCAUCAAAACAAUUCAUCUACUUAAAUAGUCAAUAAAACAUGAUUGAAAACAAGAGUGUGUGUUGGCAGGAAUCUGGCAAUAUGAUAUAGGGAGCCUAAGUCUCCUCCCUUUCCGCUCGACUCCUGGGUCCCCUGAACAACGAAAUAAUGAAUGCAAGUCGACGGUGUUGAUGCUAUUUUCUAAUUCGCUUUGCCUUACGCCCUGGAUCGCACAUGUGUUGUACUGCAAUUUAAAUGAAAAGUAAUGAUGGGUGUUUCGACCACGCCAGUCUCGUACUUUAAGAUUUAUCAGCGUAUAAAAGUUCGUAAUAAGCGUGACUACAAAAUAGAAAUCGGCACAUUGCAUAAUCUCCUCUCCCGUAACGUAGCUGCUACUUACCACAUGACCAGAUUUAUGGUGUUUCUUUCCUCUUGUGGGAAGUUUGCCGAACUUACAGCCAUUUUCCCUCAGUUUUCUCCGUGUCUGGUUCGAUGACGUCACUUCCAUGAUGCACAUUUGUAGUCCUGGACUUAUUUUCACUCAAAACCUAAAAUAGCGUUUCCUCCUGUUCAGAAAUAAGCGCGUUCUUGGUAUCAAAAUGUGUCUUUAAAAUUCACGGACAUCAUUUGCGAAAUCCAUGGCACAAAACAAGCGGAAUUAGAAAAUAGCGUUUUUAGCCCCGUUGACUUGCGUUCAUUUUUUCAUUCUUCCGGGGACCCGUGGUCCGGAAGGAGAUGGGCGUGACUUGGGCUCCCUAUACACCACAAUACUGGGGAGACGAUAUGAAAUAUUUGCGAUAUUAAAAGCCAGAUGGUUUUUUGCCAUUUUUAACAUUGAAUUUAGUUGGAAAACACUUCCAAGACACAUCCAGUGUUAUCGUAAAGUCUCGUUGUUCCAUCAGAUAGAAGGCGGUGAAAACCGCUGGCAACUAGCUGUGGGAGAAUGAAUCGUAGCACACAAAAGAAAUGCAGUAAAUUUUUGUGAGUGACUUCUUGAUUUAAAAAAUGAUACUGUGCCUUUUAAAUAUCUAUUGAGAUUCAUAACGCUAUUUGUUUUCUUGCAUCCCUAAUUACAAAGUACAACCGUGUUGUGUUUUUUUUACCACAGGGAACGCACCCACAGAGGGAAGAGCUGUGGAUGGAAGAGAGAGAGAGAGACGGCGAGUGUAACAAGGAAGGAGUAUAGAAUAAUACUGGACUGAAAAAAAGCAGUGCCGAAGCAUACUACAUCAAGACGGUCCUUAAUCAUAACCACGCCUCCAUCCUUCCCCGUCCCUAUUUACAAACAAUCACAAACACCAGUCUUCAGCGAUGCCAAGGGAGGCUAAUCAGCCUGUCUCCUGCUCUGACAAGCCCCGCCUCCUCACCUCACACCCUUGAAGCUGUGCUCACUAAGUGUUGACCUUUGACCUCCCCUGUGCCGAGCUGGGAACCAAAGGCCACCUGUUCUCUUCUGAAACCGGGGACACCCUCCUGUCCAGCCAGGAGCUGCAGCCACCAGUGGCACUCAGAGGCAUGGCUCCCAUUCGGGAUUCCGUCAGCCACUCUCCUAAUCAAACAGGUUUGGAGCAUCCUGGCUUGGACUCGCAGUAUGAACCUUCUCCCUGGUCCUCCGGCUCCCCGUGCAGCAGUGACACGAACAGCAAUUGGGGCAAAGUCUUAGUGGACGGAAGUACAGACAAAUCCCGUAACGCUUGUUCAACCAGCUCCUGUGUCUGGCCUCCUUCCUCUUCUUCGUUUUCCUGCUCUUCCUCUUCGUCAUCUGGCUGUGGUUCAGGAUCAGAUCCUGAGUUGGCGUCAGAAUGCAUGGAUGCAGAUUCUAACUCUUCAGUUGGCUCAGAGAAGAACCUCAGCACGGUUGCCACAGCAACAGUAAUGAUGAUGUCGGCAAAUGCCUCUUCCUCUGUGUCUUCUACAGCUUCGUCCCCCUCUUUCUCUCUGGUGACUCCUCCCAUGAUGGUUGGCGUUACUGUGAAUGGAGAUGGCAACAAUCAUCUGGGUGGAGGUGUGGGAACCAUCAGCAGUGCAAAUAAUGGAAAUAUUAUAUCUGGAUCCUCACACUACUCCAUGGCUGGGCCCAACAGUAUUGGCAGCAAUAAUAUGAGUAACCACAACAACAAACUGGUCACCACCAGUGGUGUCUGGGGCUCCCAGCCAGGCAGCAACAUGAAUACCACAGGCAGCAGUAACACCUAUAUCAAUGGUGGGUCAAACCCAAAUGCCAAUCAUGGUUCCUGGCCUCAGAAUCCAAGUCCAGUGAGCCAGAGGCAGGCUCAGGGGAUGAGCUCCAAACUGGGUGUGGUUCCUCAGCAGGGGUCCUUGCUGGGCUGGGGUGGCAUGGCAGCCCCAGACAGCAGUAUGAUAGAAGACACUGAGAUGGAUAAUGGUACAUUUAGCAGCAAGGUGUUGGGAGGCAGCAACAGUGGAAGUGGUGGUCUGCAGCCUACCAACCUCAACACUGAAUCCAAUGGACCAAAUAACACUAUCAUGAUGAAUACUACUACUACUAACACCACAGUGACCUCUAGUCCACUGGACUCUACCACCUCACCCCAACUAAGCGGGGAUUGUUCCUGGGGUUCCAUUGGAGGAGGAAAUGGGGGGCCGUUGGCCAAUGGAAACUGUUCAUUAGCUCCCCAGCACCCCCAAGGAGAUACUGGGGCCUUUGGUAGACCUUGGGGCGCAGCUGCUUACCCUGUAGACAAGGGUCCCCUGAAUGCAGACACUGUGAACCCCCAAAUCUCCUCUACUGCUGCUUUCAAGAGUAAUAAUAACCACAAUAACACUGGGGCCGUACAGUGGGACCAAGGACCCACCAGUAACCCAAACCAGCCUCAGAGUAACUUGUCCUGGUGCGUUGGCUCUAAUCAAACACCGGGCUCUACGGGACAAACACCAGGAAACGGAAACCCAACUACAAUGGGUCCUCCAGCAGGGAUACCUCGACCCUGGGGGAGCAGCGCGUCCUCUUCCUCCUCCUCUUCAUCAUCUUCCACAUCUAACAGCAAGAUGUCAAAUGGAGAGUGGGGAUCAACAGCUCCUUGUAACAGCAAUUCGGAUGUGGGAAGUCAAAAAGGAAGUUCAGCCAAUAACGGCUGGAAGAGCCUUGAGGAUGACGCUAUAGGCAUGGGUGGAGCAGGGGGUUCUGGGGGAGGCCAAGGCCCGGGAAGCGUCAUUGGAGGCUGGGGUCGCUCUGGAGGAAGUGAAGGCAGCGCAGAGAGCUCUGGGGGUCGGUCCAGCUCAGACAGAGACAACAGCCAGUCUAAAGGAGGAAACCGCAGGAAAGUUAUCCAUACCACACCAAUACCACCACCUCUGACCCACGCCGAAGUGGACCCAAGGGUUCUGUCCAAUACCGGAUGGGGACAGACGCCCAUACGGCAGAACACCGCCUGGGAUGUUAACACUCCUGCAAAAAUCCAGGAUCUCAGGAAGCAAAGUGGCGUAGGCUCUGGCUGGAGCACCGCAGCCCCGGCAGCUCCAUCCCAGAACUCUGGAGGUUGGGGGGUUGGGCCCAGCAGCUCAGGCCCAGGUAACGGAGGUUCUGGCUGGGGAGAACAGAGACAAACAUCUGGGUGGGACACUAAAGGUCCCUCUAAUGGAGGAGGUGGAAGCAGUAGCUGGGAGGAUGAGUCCAGUUACAAGAAUAACAACAGUAACACCUGGAACAACAACAUGAAAGAUGAGAGGUCCAAUACAUGGACCAAUACUCCUAAGGUGCAGCAGGGCUGGGGUUCCGGGAGUGAGUCCUGGGGCGGGAAUGUCGACGGUCCCAGAUCGGGGUCCAGCAAACACUGGGGAGAACCUCAGAAAGGUGGAGGUUCAGUGGGCUUGGACAGUGACAGUGACCGGUCCGGCUCUGGCUGCUGGAGUGAGCCAAGCAGAACCAACACCAGCAGCAGCAACGCCUGGGCUGGCAGUGGAGGGUCAAAUGCUCCCGACCAGAGCACUCCAAACCCGGGCUCCAACUGGGGAGACUCGGCCACCAAACCCAAUCCUCAGAAUAACAGUAAAGGCUGGGGCGAGCACGAUAAGAACAACCACGGAGCUCAGAACUGGAGCGAAUCCGGUUCUAAACCUUCCAACGAGUGGGGGAAAGACCCUGAGCCCAGGAUGUCCAGAGCCAACCAGGGUUCUAACAAGCCCACGGGCUGGUUGGGAGGUCCGAUGCCCACAGUGGGUCCCAAGGAAGAAGUUUCAACUGGAUGGGAGGAACCUUCUCCGGAGUCGAUUCGUCGGAGAAUGGAAAUCGAUGAUGGAACUGCAGCUUGGGGUGACCCUGGUAAAUACGGCGGUGGAUCUGUCAACAUGUGGAACAAGACCUCUCGCUCCGAGCAGGAAACCACGGGCCCGCCCCAACAAAAUCAGCCCCACUCUGCACACAACUCCGUUCAGCCCAUGCAACAUCUCAACCAGGACAAGAGCUCCGGUUCGGGUUGGGGUGAAGACUACAGCCAGCAUAAGGACUCGUCCUCGUGGAGGGAGCCAGCAGCUGGGCCUCCUGUGACGUUGGACAACGGGACGUCUGCUUGGGGAAAGCCCACGGACAGCAGCGCUGCCUGGGAGGAACCCAGCAGGAAGAGCCGGGAGUCCGUGUGGGACAGCCAGCACAAAUCUGGGCCCAAGCCCAUGGAGACGUGGUGCAGCGAUGUGUCCAUGAGCAACAGCUGGGAUCAGGAAGAGGAGGUGGAGAUCGGAAUGUGGAGCAACAACCAGCAGGACAACCGGUCCCACGACCAGAACACCUGGAACUACAAGCAUAAGACCUCCAACAAGAUGAGCAAACCCGUCACCAAACAGGAUGACUGGAGCAAACCUUUAAUCAGCCAGUUCAACAACAUGAACUUCACAAGGGACUCUCCUGACGAGUCCAUGAAGCUGGUGUCAGGGAUGGCAGCAGACAAGCGCAUGGACACGAGCAGCAUGGACUUCAACGGCGGCGUGGGGAAGAACCCCGGGUCCCGACACCAGUUCCACAAGGAGUCUGCUGUGGAUCGUAGUCCUUACUUUGACAAGCUUUCUACCUAUGAUAGCCCAGCUCCUGACGAGCUCUCCUCCAGUCAGAGCAUGGGCGUGUCCCCUAGCCGCUCCGCUCAGCCUGUCCCCCAUCUCGGUUCUGGGCCUUACCCGUCCCGCUCUAAUUCUGGGCCUUCUCAGCAGAAUGUAAACCCCUUGUUGGGAAGCAGCAGUGUAGCACAGGGCCGAGUCGGCCCCCAGGCACAGCCCCCACCUCAACCCAGUCUUCGCAACCAAGUGCCUCCACCCAUCCUGCCCUCUCAGGUCCCCCCAUCCCUGCUGAAGUACCCCGGAGCCAACAGUUGUCUGAACCCGCUGUUGGCUCCUCAGCAGAUGGCGAUGAUCAACCAACUCUCCCAGCUCAACCAGCUAAACCAGAUCAACCAGUUGCAGCGUCUUCUCCUUCAGCAUCAGCAGCAGCAGAAGGCUCACACCCAGAGAGCCAUGCCGGUGGGUCGUGAACAGAUGCGUCCAAUGGACUCAUCACCUUCACUGAUGCAGCCUCCGCGACACCUGGACCCCUCGCUGCCGAAGCAGGGUCUGCCACUCAAAGCUUACCCUGAAAACUACCUGUCCCAGAAUCCCUCUGACAUGCAGAAGGACGCUGCCGCCAUCGGACCCUUCAACAACUUCCCUUUAAGCUUGACCUCUAACCUGAAUGUACCCCUGGACAUGGGCGUAGGUGGUGGAGCUGUGAACUACAAAGAACCACCCCAGUCCAGACUGAAGAAACUUUGGGCUGCUGACCCUCUGGAGCAGAACAGCAAAACCGGUGCUAUGUCUACUGGGCUGCGUCUGGAGGACUCUCCCUUCUAUGACUUCCUGUCUCCUGGCCCAUCCCCCCUGAGUCCUCCUGGCCAAUCAAUGGGCUCUGUGGGUGAUUGCUGGCCACCCCGUGCCAACUCCCCCCCACCCCAUGGAAACACUGUCACAUGGCCCCCAGAGUUCCGGCCCGGCGAGCCCUGGAAAGGUUACCCCAACAUCGACCCUGAGACUGACCCUUACGUGACCCCUGGCAGUGUCAUCAACACCCUCUCCAUCAAUACCGUCCGUGACACAGACCACCUCAGGGACAGGAACAACGGGCCAUCCUCAUCACUGAACACCACGAUGCCUUCCAACAGUGCCUGGUCAUCCAUUCGUGCCUCUGGCCACAGCGGCUCUCUCACCAGUACAGCACAAAGCACUUCAGCUCGACCCAGUGAGUCAAAGUGGUCUCCUGGUGGUGGUUCUGUAUCCAACUCCUCUCUAGCCCACGAGCUUUGGAAGGUCCCCCUGUCUCCCAAGCCGCUGCCAGUGCCAGCGCCCUCCAGACCACCGCCGGGCCUCACCAGCCAGAAGCCCAACCCUGCCUCCUCUGGCUGGGAUGGCUCUACCCUGAGGCUGGGGGGCUGGGGCUCCACAGAGUCCAGAUACACACCUGGUUCCAGUUGGGGUGAAAGCAGCAGCUCAGGGAGAACCCAGUGGCUUGUUCUGAAGAAUCUCACACCUCAGAUCGACGGCUCUACCCUGAGGACCCUGUGCAUGCAGCACGGCCCUCUGAUCACAUUCCACCUCAACCUGCCACAUGGUAACGCUGUGGUUUGCUACAGCUCAAAGGAUGAGGCUGCCAAAGCCCAGAAGAGCCUGCACAUGUGUGUUUUGGGGAACACUACUAUUCUGGCUGAGUUUGCCAGCGAAGAGGAAAUCAACCGUUUCUUUGCACAAGGGCAGUCUUUGGCCACUCCCUCCUCUGGCUGGCAGGCCAUCGGCUCUUCUCAGAGCAGGAUGGAUCAGUCUCACCCCUUCCCCAGCCGUACUUCCGAACCGAACCAGUGGGGCAGCGGCUUUGUGCACAGAUCCUCCCUCUGGGGCGGCUCCAACUAUUCCAGUAGCCUGUGGGGGAGCCCCAGUGGCACCGAGCCAGGGGGGAUCAGCAGCCCCUCUCCAAUCAGCUCCUUCCUCCCAGUGGAUCACCUGACUGGGGGCGGAGACUCCAUGUGAGAGAAGGGUCAGUAGAGAAUCGUUAAUCGUCAGAAGAAAAAUGAGAAAAAGGAAGAAAAAAAAGUAGUUGUAAAUGCAAAAGGCACUAGUUGGACUCUUUCUCACUUACAAGAUAUUCAACAAGAUGGGGUUUCCCCUGUGGAAUACAAGUUACGUUUCUCUUUCUGCACAUAUGUCCACUUUGUUUUAGCCCAAAAACAUAUCAGUCGGAAUACUUGAAUCAUGCAGGCCAAUUCUAUAAUGUGAACGGAUGGAUUUUUGCUUCCAGGUAGUGCUCUUUCAGACCGAAAAAAAGCUUCAGUCAAUUCAUUAUUAUUAUUAUUACUAUAUAUAUAUUUUUGUUUCAUUCGUCAUGUUUAUUUGAAUUCCAAUUCCUUUUUAUUUUUAACGUUUUCAUUUUAUUUUUGCGUUUGUUUGCUGACGAUGUUGGAGUAUGAGCUUUUUAAACUUUGCACUGAAUGUGUUUUUCUCAGUAUAUAAUCUGCAAUAUAGAGGGAGCAGCCAGUUUUUCCAGUGUAGCUGUUUACUCAUGGAGGUCCUUAUCGUGCGCGUGUGUGUGUGCGUGUGCGCGCGCAUCGUGAAAGAGUAUGUGUGUGCUCCUCUCUGCCUUGGCACGCCUACCUUACUGCGUUGUUGUGGAGUUCAAGAUCAACAAAUAGUUAAAGAAUAAAAACGUGACGUAGGAUGAUUAUCGGGUGGAAGAAAAAAAAGUACAUUAAGAAGUAUUGCACCGAUUUAUUUUGUUUUAAAACUAAAGAAAGUUGAGCUCUGCAGUGCAAAGGACUGUAGCCACAGCUGGGACUAGCAAGCCCCGCCCGUUCUAAUUUUAGGGGGCGGGGCCUAUCUAGCAAGCCCUCCCGUUGGCCCCCUAGUGGGCCGGGAGGGGACAGCACUUUCAGAAUAGGCUUUCAAUGUUUUGGAGGUGCCACACUGCAACCUCUUGUUUACAAGACUUAGGAGGCAGAACGUGUGUUCAUUCUUCGUUUUAAAAAGAAGAUGGAAUAAAAUAAAAAAGAAGAAAAAAAAAUUAAAAAGCUUUAAAAAUAUAUAUAUUAAAAAAAAUUGUAAAACCCACAAAAAAGUGAACUCUUAUCGAGGAUGUAGACGACGCGAUGUAACUCUGGGAAUUCGGAUCAGUGUUUUUUUUUUUUGCCAUGGCGUUGGUUAUUUAAACGUUUCCUCUUGUCUGCUAAAUAACCAGCAAUGGUUCUCAGGAAAUUAAGCCAGUUUCCCCCCUUGUAGUUGAAUUAUUAAAAAAGAAAACUACUACUACUCCUUGUAGGAAAGGAAAAUCCAACAUCUAGCACUGAAAACUAUGUAUAGGUCUUUAUUUAGUUUUAUUUUUUCCUCUGCCAAAUAACUGCUUUAAGCUGGAGAAGCUCACACACUGCUUUUAAUAUGCUGUCUGUAGAGGGAGGAGGAGGGCACCCCCCCUCACCCCUCCACUCCACUGUUAUCUAAAUGUGGGGAGUGUGUGAAAUAAUCUGUUAUAAACCAAGAGAAAGGCUAAUCUGUAUCUAUGCAUACUGUACCCUCUCGCGUUCACCGAGAGGACAUUUAUUAUCAUCAUUUCCCCCCUUUUGUGUCUCGGCUGUUUGAUGUUUCAUUAAGUACAACAAAUGCUUUUUUUUUUUGUUUGUUUUGUUUUUUAAAUCAUUGCCACAGACGGUGUUUUGAGAAAAACAGAAGAAAAUCUUAAAUUCUGCUAAAGGAUGUUUUGAGCGUGCAAAAGUCAUCCACAUUUCAUUGCCUUGAUCCCAAUUGUGUCCGAAGAUGCAACAAGUCAAGUGGCUUCUACCUGUUUACAACUAGAAAUGAUUGUAUUGUUGUUGUUUGUCUUUACAUUUUCGGUUUUUCUCCCUUCCCCUCCUUCGGUUUGGGGGAGAGGGUGGGGGGUACUCAUCUGAAGUUUCUGACGUGCGUGUGUGUGUGUGUGUGUGAGAGAGAGGGGGAGAGAGAGAGAGAACGGCGUGAAUGUAAGUCCACCAGUGGUGUGUGUUGACAAACAAUACUAGCGUGAAAAAUAAUGACCUAUAUACAAGUGAUUGUUGAGUUACGAUGAUGCACAAAGUUAUUACGACUAAACAAAAAGCUUCGGAGUGUGUUGAUCAGCAUUAGUGAAGCCAUGGACCUUAAUUUCUUGUGUUUUGGUUUGUUUUUUUCCCCCUCGUUGGGCCUGUUGUGUGUCGUUUGCAUGCAUUUGACCCCUAACCGAGUGUAGGUUUUAUUUCAUAAGUACGAGAAGCGUUGGCUUUGUUUUUAAUCCACCAACUUUAAGCAAAUGUAGUGAAACCGACCUUUGAGUAUUAGCCAGACCUGACGGCGGUGUGUGCCAGUAUUGAACGCUCUUUACCAAAUACUUCAAUCAUACAAAAAUUAGUUUACUUUAUUCCACAUUUGUCUGCUUAAGCUGUGUACAAAUAAGUUUUUUAGUUUUGUCUCAUUAUCAAAUGGAACAUCUGAACCGUGUUGUGUGAUUUUGCGUUAAGUUGAACUGAGGAGCCUUGGAUUUUUGCACUUGAACCAAUCAGAGGCGACCGCCGAGCGAGGGAACGGGAGCCGAGUGGGGGGGUGCGGUUGGUGUUUCCAGACGGCGUUCCGGUGGCGUUGUGUGAAGGUGUGUCUGAUGGUGCUGCUUUGGUCCCAGUGAAGGAACAGUCUAAAGUCCCAAUGGGAUUACGUUGACCGCCCCCUUAAGCCCAAUCCCACCAGGCUGAGACCGUUGGUGACGAGAAGAUGAGCGGAUUGCCUGUUGGAAUGGCUGCGAAACAUCAGCUGGUGAUCAGAAACGUACAAAUGUAAAUUAUUCCAGCACCGUUUCCAAGCAGCAAUAACUAAUCUGAGGAUAUUUUGGUGCACAAACACAGCCUCACCAAGUGCUGAUUCACGCUAACAGUAGCGGCACAAUUUAGCAUCUUAGUAACUCAUCGUUUAUUAGCAGUUUUAUUAGAAAUUCUGGGUCCCAAACCAAACUCACGAGGGUUUGAGACCGCCUCCAGAUGCCUGCAUCCACGUCCAGCAGCUCUACUGCGAGAUAACGAUAAUGUGUCGCCAACGGUCACCGCCCGGUGAGGCUUGAAGAAAACUGCACCCGCUGCUCAUCUCCGGUUACCAUGGUGACCGCUGUCUUUUUUUAAAGGCUCACGCGUUGAGCUUGACUGAAUAGAAGUCGGCCCGUCUUAACUGAGGCUAAGUGUGGAGACUUUGCGAUGGGCUGGUACUGCCAGGCUUUUCAGGAACACGGAGCUGCACUCGCCUCCUAGGCUGGCUGAUCUAGAAUCAGCUGUCCUUAUACGCUUAACUACAGGAGACGAGACGCUGAACUGACGAGAUUGGGAGCAAGUGAGCUCUUGUUUAUAAUUAUUCCCUUUUUGUUAGUUGAAAUGAGUGAGUUUUUCUUAUGUUGGUAAUGUUUAUUUCUGAGAGCGGACCCACGAUCAGCUUUGUCGUUUAGUUCAUUAACCAUUAGUGGGUCGAGAACUGGUCUGUGGUCAGCGGCUCCGCAGCUAGCAUUGCCGUGCUGUGAGAGAAGGGACAAGCAACGUCUGUAAAACACCUCUCGAUGUUACCGUUUUAUUUCCCAGCGUCAUUUUUGUGGUCUUUGUCUCGUCCAAUCUUCGUGUGUGUGUGUGUGUGUGUGUGUGUGUGUGUGUGUGUGAGAGAGAGAGAGAGAACUUAUCAUGCCAAAUCAAGGAGGGAGGGUUGCUAGGGAAGGAAAGGGAUAGAUUUUAGUUGUUUUUAAACUGUGUGCGCGCGUGUGCAUAUGUGUAUUUAAAAAGCUGGACAAUAUUAAAUGCUUGAAGAAAAAAAUGAAAAAUUUGCAAAAGGAUGAUGUAAGAAAAACCACCAAGAGCAAUGUACAAUCCCCGGGGCUGCCAAGCAGCCUGCAGACAGGGCCAGGUGAGGGCAGGAGAGACGGAAGGAAGGAAGUUUGCUGUUGAUACUCUACUUUUUUAAUAUUUAAGUCAAAAUAAUAAUAAUAAUGUGACUUUGUUGUGUUUCUCUUAACUAUCCUGUGAGUAAAUGCUAUAUCAUAACACACCCAACGGCUCGUAUGGUCGAUCAAAAGUGCUAAGGCUUUUUGUUUUUUGACAGAAAAAAAAAGAAAAAAAAUUCACACAAACUGUGAGAAUCUGUUGUCUUUGUUUUACAUUUAGUGUGACCACAUGUACAAACCCUGAAAAGCUUUAGUCUAACCAGCACAAAGAUGGGGGAGGGGUGGGUGUUGCCCAGAGACUAUGCAGUGGAGUGUUGAACCCAGGCUUCCAUGUCCACCUUGGGUUGUUGUUUUCUUUCUUUUUUUUUUUUAACAAUUAUUUUUGAAAAUCUCAGAAAAAUAAAUAAAAACGCUGAAAUGGGAUUCCCAAUAAUGUUUCUCAAACGUGUGCCAUCUUUGAAUUGUACUACUACUACAUAAAUAAUAAAAACAACAAAAAAAAAGGAUAAACCUUUAUUACCGGGUUCUGACCUGGUACCAGGCCAGUUGUAGCAGGAGGGGACUGGUUCAGAUUUACAAAGUCCAUUUAUUUUCACAGCUUGUCUCCUUGAAGCCGAGGGGAGCGAGGCCGGUAAAACUGCUAAUUUUACACAACUACGAUGUUUUUAAUAGAGAUUCUAUCAAUCCACAGAGUGUAGUUGGAUCACCUGUAAACCUGUUAUGCACAUUGCUUUGGGGAGACUGUUGAAACUAUAUAUAUAUAAUAAAUAUAUAUAAUAUAAACGUACAGUGUCUAUAAUCAACCCAGAGCUUGUUGUCCUCUUGACAAAACAGGAAGUACCUUUUUAUUUCUUCCAAACGUCUUCCUCGGUUCAUCAAAGGAUUUUAUCUUAAACUUCGGUGGAAUCUGCACUUUUUGAAGGACAAUCUUUAUUUGUAUGGGUGUAAAUUGACAAAAAGCAAAGUCACCUAAUAUUACAUGGUAUAGAAAACCAACUCCAGUGUGCUCUAAUAAUGAAUGUCUCCUUUGAUGAUGUAUUUGUUUGCAUUCAUUUAAUCUUUUUCUCCUUUUGUUGUGUUGUUCGUUCAGUUCCCCUUCGCUUGUUAUUCUCUGGAUUUUACUGCUCUUAUGAGAAUCUGUACUAAGGUGUAGAGUAGUAGGUAGUAGGUUUUCUGUUUGCUGUACUCGUAUACUGAUUACUGUUUGUAACCCUCUGGCUCCUGCAGCCAGCAUACAAAGCUGUUUAACUUGGGUACAACCCUCAAUAAAAGACUAAUGAUGACACGAUGAUGAA